AUGCGGCUGCUUCUCCGGGCAGCGGUUCUGUGCCUGGUGCUGGGCUCAGGGCACUGCACCCAGGAGGCCAAGGAGAGCCCCGUCCACCCAGCUGCCCAGGCAGAGUCCCCCGCUUCAGACUGGGGCAUAGGGGCCAUCCGGGACAGCUUUGAGACAGUUAACAGCUACUUUGACUCUGUCUUGGAACUGUUUGGGGGAAAAAACGGCGUUUGCCAGUACAGAUGUCGAUACGGGAAGGCUCCAAUGCCCCGACCUCACUACAAACCCCAAGAACCCAACGGCUGUAGCUCCUAUUUUCUGGGGCUCAAGCUGGAUUUGGGCAUCCCUGCCAUGACCAAGUGCUGUAACCAGCUGGACAUCUGUUACGACACCUGCGGGGCCAACAAGUACCGCUGCGACGCCAAGUUCCGCUGGUGCCUCCACUCCAUCUGCUCCGACCUGAAGCGCAGCCUGGGCUUUGUCUCCAAGGUGGAAGCUUGUGAGUCCGUGGCAGACACUGUGUUCAACGCCGUCUGGACCCUGGGCUGCCGGCCCUUCAUGAACAGCCAGCGAAGCGCCUGCAUCUGGCAAGGCAUUGGGUUCCUCCAGCCCCUGGAGGUCCCAGCCCAUGGACAGUAUUGA